GUUUUGGAUAUGUCAUUGCCCCCUCCGUACAUCUUUUACUCGCAAGCCCUCUCUUUUCCUCGCAGUUUCAGGCUCUCAGCUUCUAUUUCUCUGUGACUAACUAUCUAUGUCUUUGUACUCUCGUUUUAGCUUUUCUGAACGGGUUUUUGGCAAUUUGGGUUUUGUUUCCAAGCUUUAAAAACAGGGGUUAAACUUGAAAAAGAUUGCAACUUUGGCUUUGCGAUCUCUGUUUUUGCUCUGGUUUCUCGUCUGGUUCGUUUCGUUUCGUUUGCUUAUCUUAUAAAUGACCAUGGAGGAGAACAUGGGUGGUUCCAAUGGUGACCGGUUUCCUGUUGGCAUGCGUGUUUUAGCAGUUGAUGAUGACCCUAUUUGCCUCAAAGUUUUGGAAAAUCUGCUUCGUAAAUGCCAGUACGAAGUUAUUACAACCAAUCAAGCGAUUAAGGCUCUAAAAAUGUUGAGGGAAAACAAAAACAGAUAUGAUAUGGUUAUUAGUGAUGUUAAUAUGCCAGAUAUGGAUGGGUUUAAGCUUCUUGAGCUUGUGGGGCUUGAAAUGGACCUACCUGUAAUAAUGUUGUCAGCGCAUAGCGAUACCAAGCUUGUAAUGAAGGGGAUUACGCAUGGUGCUUGUGACUACUUAUUGAAGCCUGUUCGAAUUGAGGAGCUAAAAAACAUAUGGCAACAUGUGGUCAGAAGAAAGAAACCUGACUCUAAGGAUCAAAUCACGACCCCAAAUCAAGAUAAGGCUUGGGGAGGAACCGGAGAAGUUGGUCAAACAUCGGCGUAUAGUUCAGACCAAAAAGGCAAUAAGAAGCGAAAAGACCAAAGUGAAGAUGAGGAAGAAGAGGGUGAAGAUAACGGACAUGAGAAUGAGGACCCCUCAAAUCAGAAGAAGCCCCGAGUUGUUUGGUCCGUAGAUUUGCACAGGAAAUUUGUUGCAGCCGUCAACCACUUGGGUCUUGACAAGGCUGUUCCAAAGAAAAUCCUUGACCUCAUGAAUGUUGAAGGGAUCACGAGAGAAAAUGUCGCUAGCCAUCUACAGAAAUAUAGGCUUUACCUGAGAAGACUCAGCAGUGUUGCAACACGGCAAGCAAACAUGGUUGCUGCAUUAGGCAGUAAAGAUCCCUCUUACUUGCGUAUGGGUUCACUGGAUGGCUUUGGAGAUUUUUGCACAUUGCCUGGACCUGGAAGGCUUUCGAGUGCUUCUUUAUCAUCAUAUCAAUCUGGUGGAAUGUUUGGUAGACUGAACUCCUCAGCUGCUUUAAGCCUACAUGGGAUUUCUUCUGGUGUGAUUCAACCAGGACAUUCUCAAACCUUAAAGGGUUCCAUCAAUGAUCUUGGAAAGAUUCAGCCUGCCGUGUUACCAGCAAACCAGAAUCAAAAUGGAACUUUGUUUCCAUGGAUCCCGACUUCAACAGAGAUCAACCCACUGUUACAGACCAAGUCCAUUAAUUGCUAUGGAGAAAACAAUCAUGUCAACGAACCAAAUGUUUUCGGUGUUACUGCUAGCUUCUCAGAUGCUACUGUGACAGUUGGUAGCUCAAGCAAUUCUCUGUCAACUGCUUCAGGUAACCCUUUGUUGUUACAAGCAAGCACGCAACAGUUGCAACAUGCUGGAGCAUUUGGAAAUCAACCAUCGCUUGAUGUGGCAUCACUGAAUCAGGAAUCUAUUAACAUGAGUAUCCGUGGUUCUUCUAAUUGUAUAGAUCAUGGUAGAGGCAGUGAGAACUGGCAGGGCACUGUUCAAUCAUCAAACUUCCCAUCAAAUGAAGCUUUCGGUAAUGAGAAAUUACCGAAAAAUAAUUUGCAAGAAAGCGUUUAUUGGACAAACUCUCAACCAGGUAUAAGCCCUAUCGAUCUUUCUUCUUCCAUGGAAAGUUCAGCACGAUUGGAGGAUUCUAGAGAAGACAUGCUCUUCCAAUCUGGUCUAAAUAAUGUCUUCAUCCUGAAUAUAGAUCACACUGCAAAUAAACAAUGGGGAGAUUGGAGACACAAUCAUGAUGGGAAUUUAAACAAUUCAUUAUGCUGGGUGAACUCGGUUUCUGCAACCGGGUCUAUGAUGGACCAAACCAAUGCCGUUAGCAGUAAAACGAUUGAUGUUUCUUUGUUCGGCCAAUUAAGUGGCGAUUCUCCUUUUGUGGUUCAGCACCCCAAGGGUGAGAAAUCAUCUUUUGACACAGAAUUGAGGUCCAGUGAAGACUUCCCCUUCGAGCGGUCAAAGCCACUGGAUAGCUUCAGUCAAAAUAAUUAUGAAUCCUUGGAGGAUAUAAUGUGUUCCAUGAUUAAACUGGAGCAAAAUAAUGAGACCGUAUGGAUGGAUGGGGGGUUUGGAUGUGAUGCUGCAUACCCCCUUGGAUCUUGCAUAUGAGAUAGUCGAUGCAGAUUCUCGGAUAAAAGACGGUGCAAAAGGCAUAAAUCUAUAUCCUCUUUAUGAGGAAUCUUAUCAUUAUGUAGUUUAUUCUCCGUUGUUCUAUCACUUUCUGCUUGAUAGUGC